ACUACAGAGGACUUGACCAUAUGUGUGUGACGUCGUAAUUGCUCAAAUUUAGUAGACAACUGGUGUGAAGAAACUUAGGCCAUUUUGAAAGAGAAACUGUAUAGUAAUCUUACUGUGCAUUGCAAAGUAAAUUGUAUUGUUUGUUUAGAGCAACCAAGUGUUACUAGCAGUAUCAUGAUACUCGUUACUAUUAAUGAUAUAAUGUUCUUCACAUUUCAACAAGAGCGCUUAACCAACUUCAAGUGAUAAGUACUAUUAGGCUUAACGAUUACGUUUAUUACAGAUGAACAGUAUGCGAAGUGAUGUGGAGACUGAAAUUGGUUUGCUGUUACUGGAAAACAUUUGGCACACAGUUUCAUUUUUUUCUGUGUUCAGAGAAUAGUUUUGUUGACCAGUGACGAAAACCUUUGAGAAAAUUUUUGCUAGAACUGGUCUGUUCAACAAAAGACCUGUUUUUAUUGGUGCAUAUGUAAUUAAAGAGUGCAAAGUUGAAAGUAAAAUUGUACCCUGAGGGGGAGUGAAGAACUGUGGAUUGAACUGCCAUGCCUGCAGGGGUAAAUGCAAACCAAAAAUCCUAUGACUACUUACUGAAGUUUUUAUUGGUUGGAGACAGUGAUGUUGGGAAGCAAGAGAUCUUGAGUGGUCUGGAAGAUGGAUCUCUAGACUCUCCAUUUGCUGGCGCAUCAGAUGUAGCUUAUAAAACAACAACAAUUCUUUUAGAUGGAAAACGCAUCAAACUACAGUUAUGGGAUACAUCAGGUCAAGGAAGGUUUUCUACUAUUAUUCGAUCAUAUUCUCGAGGUGCACAAGGGAUUAUUUUAGUAUAUGACAUCACAAACAAGUGGUCAUUCGAUGGAAUUGACCGCUGGUUGCUGGAAGUGGAAGAGCAUGCUCCAGGUGUACCAAAGAUCCUCAUUGGUAACCGACUCCAUCUAGCAUUCAAGCGCCAAGUGAAUGAACUCACAGCAGAAACUUAUGCUUUCAAGAACAACAUGGUUUUCUUUGAAGUCAGCCCCUUGUGUAAUUACAACAUCAGAGAAUCAUUUGUAGAGUUGUCAAGGAUGGCUCUCCAGAGAAAUGGAAUGGAAAGAUUGUGGAGAAGUAAUAAAGUUCUGACCCUUCAAGAACUCUGUUGCCGGACAAUUGUGACUCGAACAACAGUUUAUAGCAUCGAACAACUUCCUCUGCCACAGGCUCUCAAGUCUUGUUUGAAAUCUUACUCUAUGACAUCAUAUAAGACAAGAGCCCAACAUUCAGCAUUACAAAAGGAAAAAAUUGCCAGAAAAAGCCACCAGCAAUGUGACCAUAUAAACCUACAGUGUCGAAAAAGCUGUACAGUUUCUUAGUUUGUAUAGUCACGUGUAUUAAAAGUUAAUCACUUGAACAUCAAGUAAUAAUAGACAUGUGCAGUUUUUAAUAGUCUUUUUAUCCACAUGUGUAUAAAAGUAUAUGUAUACACAUGUGCAUUAGGAGUAACUGUUUGGAUAACCACUGGAUAUAAAAAUAUAUAAAGUUUAUUAACACUUAUACUGGUGUACGACAUAGAUUUGACCACUUCAACAACAUUCAGUUUUUAAACAAUGUGCAUGUAUCCUUCAGAGGUGUCAACCUAUGAACAUUUGGUGGUUAGACAACACUAAAAUUAUGUAACCGUCUGUUCACCUGUUGAAAACCUUGUGACUCGACAAUAUCUGCAGUUUCUUGGCUAUAUGAUUCACUUUUGUACAUGUAUGAAAUGCUUACUAUGGGCGUAUGCAAUGAAUAGAUUUCAUGUACAUAUUCUUAUAGUCUGUAUGGCCUUGUAUUCAAACUUGACAUCUUGAGCACACAAAAAUUGUAUUUUUUUUAACAAUGUAAUUACAUACUUGUGUAUCAAAUGCUUAAGAAUAUAACAUCCUGUGUUGGAAUGUAUAGUGUAACACAAGUAACAACAAUUGAUAUAUUUGAACAGCUUGUGGUUGAAAAUAUGGAAUGGUCUGUAACUUCUUUUUUUUUAUAAAUCCAGAUCUUUUCAGGCUUAAGGUAAAAGUUACAAAAAACGUUUGUUGUGUACAAUUUGCUUUUAUGUUAAUAACAUGUCAUAUACUUCUUAAAAAUUCUGCAUUAAAGAUAUUUCAGUAGGGUCAGCAAACAUUGUGUUGUUGACUAUUAUAUUACUGUAAUGUAUUAACUCAACCUUUUUUGUAAAAUUUUGUUCAAAUCCAUGGAGGCUUCAGACAAAUGUUAACACUGUUUAACGCUCAGUAAAAGAGUGAAACAGAUCUUACUAACUUUUUUUAUUAUUAUUGUGCAUAUAAAAUGUGAUAGUAUCUAUCACAGAUCACAGUUUGUAGUACUUCAAAUGCAAGUAGAAGAUGGUAUUUUCACAACACUUAGCUGUGGGCAGUAUCUUUGUAAAAAUGGGGAAUUGGGAAGGAGAGGUGACUUUAAAUGAUGGUUAUGCUUAUUUCUUAUUGUACUUGAACUGGGAUAGUUGAUGGCUAUCAUAUUUUGGUUAAGAGUUUUGUAAGUGUGUGACUUAAAUUAGAUGAUUGAUUAAAUAUUUAAUGUUGCUAGGUGUAUCUGUCUAUGCCUAUCAGUCAAUUAAUUACUAUGAUAAUCAUCAACACCUCCACUGAACUGCCUAUUAAUUCCAAACACUCGUUACUUGUAUACUGACAACAGUAAUGAAUGGUUUGCGUGUUCCAGCUCUUGCUGUAAUCUUCCAUAUUGGUUUAUUAUAACUGUUUCAACUUCUCUACUUUAUGAUGUGUACAGUGUUAAUUGUGGAGACUACUGAAUCAAAUAAAAAGUGUACUUUUGUUUUCCAGGAUUGAAUUUUGUAAAAGAUAUUGAUUUAAAAUGUGUGUAUGUACAUGUAUUUUUGAUGUAAUUUAUAAAGUGUGAACUAAUUUCUUGAAAUUAUUUAUAUGUGUCUCAAAAAUUUGAAAAUAAAUUAAUGUUUUGAAUUGUAUGUA